AUGAUCGAAUACGUUCUUCUAGCGGCAAGCGUAGUUAUCAUCGGCUUUGUCUACAAGUUGCUUGCGGACAGUGGUUUCUUCGCCAAGAUUGAGGUUAUUUGAGACGUCUUUUUUUCAAUUCUCAAUUAUUUUUUUCUCAAUCAGUCUGAUGAAUGCCACAGGUAAUUUCAAAUCAAGAAGUCAAAUUUCCUUUAAGAUGUUAUGAUUUACAAAGAGUCUUUUCCUCUUUCUCUCCACUAUUUACCAAAGUUUUUCACUUUGGCUCACAAAUCGAACCGGAAUGAAGCCCCAUUUUUUCAUCUUUCCCCGUUCCCCGUGACGAUGAGUUCAAACAAAACUGCACUCCGCUUCGGCCAAAAAAAUGGUAUUGAAAAACUGGUUGGUAGCCCAAUCAACUAACCUUGAUCAUUCUGACUUAGCACCUUCAAAUGGAAUAUGUGCAGCCUUUUUUGAGAAAGAAAAGCCUGAAGGUCAUUUUACAUUAUAGUGGGAGUUUUGUUGUAAUAAGUGCAAAAGCUUUGAGGUUUUUUUUCCUCGAGAACCGGGGAAGUUAUACAGGUUUGAACUUGAGUAAUUUUCAUCUGAUGCGUAAAAAAUUUUGGCCGAUUCUCAAUACGUCGCCAAUUGAAAAAAAAAAGAUUGAAUUGAAUCCUCUUUUUGUUGACUAGAUGUUUGUGGCAGAAGGUUUUUGUAAACAGCUGACAGAUUCAGAGCAGAUUUCACGAGUUUUUUUCUUCAUGGUUCAAGUAUUUCUUCGUUAAAAGUUGCUUGUCUAACAAAAUGUAGGCAGAAAAGACCUUGAAAAAACGGCUGGAAUUUUGCAGCCAACCGUCUCGACGUCGCCAACAAACUUGAGCAAGCCGUUGGUCGUCUACUAUAAAUACCACGUUGGCGCCUACUCUGGAGUCGCUAACAUCCUCAAGGAGGUAAGCUAAAAACUAUUCAGAAUCUUUCAAACCUGUUCUUUCUAUUCUUUCAUUCUCGGAUUGUUUCAACACAAGUAAGAAUUUAAGGGAUUAUUUGAUUAAAGUUGAGAAUUGGACGACAUUUUCAGGCCAAAUCUUUACUUCCAAGCGGUUCCACGACUUUUGGAAUUUACUACGAUAACCCUGAUGCGAGUUUUUUAUUUUCAAAAUUAUCGAAAAUCUCAAUUUUCACCUAUUUCUUUCAGGUUGUCGCUCCUCACCUCUUGCAAUCAGCCGUCGGCAUAGUUUUUUUCUGGUAAUCUCUAAAAUAAUUUUUUUCAAUGCGAUUAUUUUAUCUGUUCGAAAACUUAGUUCACUCAAAAAUCCUCCACAUUUCCAUUUAUCACCUUACUUUUUGUGAAGCUCUUUACAGGAAGCCAUUUGAAAGCGUCGGAUUUUGAAUUUUCAGCAAUCAGCGCAACACAAUUUUUGAUCUAGGGAUGUAAACUGUCAAAUUACGUGCCUAACACUAAUUUAGGCCUGAAAACAGUAUUUUGCAAGUUUAAAAAACCCCAUCUCUAUGAAAAGUCCCACACUGAAAUAAUUCUCCUAGUCAUAAAGGAAAACGAAAUUCAAGUUUUGAUUAAAAAAUUAGAUAAAUAAAUAUAAAGUACCUUAUGACUCUUGAAGAGAGCAGAUCACGUUUUUUACAUACCUGAAAAUGAAUGCGAAUUGGUCAUUUCAAAGUUGGGAAAGUAUGAAAACGUUUCUCUUGAUACCAAAGUUGUGUUAUCAAUUUCUUUCCGUCAGUGAUUAGUUGGCAGAGGACGGAAAAGAUUUGUACGAAGACAACUACGCUCAGCAGCUCGUACGCUACGGCUAUGAGAAAAUGCAGCUGCCCAAGGUAGUUUUCUUAUUGCAAUCAAGACGUCUUGAUUGUUUCGCAGGUCGACAGAGCCAUCCAGGCUUCGCAGCCGAGUUCAGGAGGCAUUUUGUCGUUCCUCGCUCUUGUCAACCGAACCAUUGGAAUCGUCAAGAACUUCAUCAGUGUAAAUGCUUCGGAGAUAAUCAUCCCGGUUCCAUUCCAUAAUUUCCAGGAGAACCGACUCGAAGUCAGCCAUUGCGUCGAGUUUUACGGACCCGACUCGAUUUCCAUCGAGUUUCCAUUGGAUCACACAGAUGACUUCAUCGUCCACGACGUUCGUUCUUAUUUCAAACCACGAUAUUUGAAAUAAAGUUUGAGUUAUGGUAGAUUUGCCUUUCAAGCUUGUCAUAUAACAAGAUGAAUCCAUCGAAAAGUUUUCCAAUAAUUUGGUUUGGAAGAUUGUAGUUACAAAUCUCCGCAACCUAAUUUUCUAUGAAUCUUUUAACCCAUCGGAAAAACUUAUUUCAGCGUAACCACUUCCAUUUGCUCCCGUGAGAAAAGUCGGAUUAUUUUCGAAUCUUGUUGAUUAUUAACAAGGAAAAAAAGUUUUAAGUCUACAUUCGUUGAGUUGGGUUCUUCUUUAUACGGAGAAAAAUAAUUAUAUAUAUGAAUGAAGAGAAAAAAAGAAAAAAAAUAUACAUAUAAAUUGAAUAGAAAGGUUUUUCGAUAAUGAAUAUGCAUUUUUUUAUCGUACUAACUUCAGUCCUAUCUUCUUUUCAAAUAAUGAGAAAUUAUAAGCUUCAAAAAAACGAUUAGGUCAAUCAAAUGUCAUUUUUUUAUUCUUUAAUAAAAAAAAAUUUUUCAGCCUUUUUGAAUCUGAAAUUCGUUUCUCUAUUUUUUUCAGUACUUGUCUACGAGCUCGUUGGAAGCGAAGCUGGCUCGUCGGAAGUUUGAUUCGGACGAAGAGGAAAGCGAAAGUGAGCCCGACGGCGCCGUCGAUGAGGAAGACGACGUCGAGUUCGAAUCCCCAGAAUCUCAGUGA